AUGGCCAGGAUAUUCUAUGGAGCAGUGGUACUAUUAACAUUAGGUGAAUCUGGGCGAUCCGCUGCUUUGAAAGAAUUUCUUAACAAGCAAUGUUUAAGCCAACAUAAAGAAACAGGACGCACUGAUGGCAAACGACCGGAAGGAUGGGAAGAAGCUAGCGAACAGAAAAAAAUAACAGCAGAAAAGUAUACAGAAGCUGGUGGUGAUCAACAGGUGACGAAAGAAACGGCAGAAAGGGAUAAAAAGGACUUCUGGGGUGUUCCAUGGUUUUUAGGUGCAGUGGUACCUCUUUUCCUCCUAAAAACAACUUGGACUCAGAUCUUCAUGAUUUCAACAAUUGCAAUGGCAGUUUCUUAUUUAUUGUUCUGGUUUGGCUACAACGAUUAUUUGAAAAACAAUAAAGAAGCACAAGCAGGGGAGCAUCACCAAGUCACAGAAAGAGAGAACCUUUGGACAUUGAACAAAAAGGUGAGGAAGAAAAAACGUUUGCGCAAAGAAAUUGUAGCUUCAUGGUUAGCCUUCUUUGUAUACAGUAUGGUAAAGGCAGCAGGGAGCACCUUCUUUUUCGAACAAAUAAGUAACUUGAAAAAUCCCAUCCACAAUUAUGACCCUGCAGUUUAUUUCAAUGUGCUUAGCUCCUUUUCGAAGUACAUAAUCUCAUUUCUCUUCCCGAAACUAAUUCCAAAGCGAACGCGGGUGAGAAUUGGCUGUGGAAUGGCUUCUACUGUGUUAUGUUGCGUUGCAGCUUGGGUGGUUGAGAUCCACAGGAUGAGGAAAGUUACGAGGGCAGGGCUUGAAGAUGACACUUUUGAUAUUUCUAUGAGCAUAUUUUGGUUGGUCCCACAGUUCUUCCUGUUAGGACUUAUGGAAGGGUUAGCCGUAGAUGGAUUGAUUGAUCUUUUGGCUGAUAGAGUGGACGAGAAGGAUAAAGAAAUGGCUAAGCAUUAUGGAUCCCACACCAGCGACUUAGUCGUGGGGACUGGAAAGUUAUUAACCGCUCUUAUUAUCUUGGCAUUUAGGCAUAGAUGGUUCAAUGACAGCAUAAAUCUGAGUCGUCUUGACAAGUAG